AUGGAAACAGGAAAUAAAACACGAAUUCUAGAAUUACUUCUUCUGGGGUUUUCUGAGGAACCAGAAUUGCAGCCCCUCCUUUUUGUUCUGUUCCUGAUGAUGUACCUGGUCACCAUCUCUGGGAACCUGCUCAUCAUCCUGGCCACCAUCACUGACUCCCACCUCCACACGCCCAUGUACUUCUUCCUCUCCAACCUGUCCUUUGCUGACAUUUCUUUUAUCUCCACGACUGUCCCAAAGAUGCUGGUGAAUCUUCAGACACAGAGUAAAGUCAUUUCCUACUCAGGCUGCCUCACUCAGAUGUCCAUUUUCUUACUCUUUGCGAUGUUGGAGGACUUCCUCCUGACCACGAUGGCCUAUGACCGCUUCGUGGCCAUCUGUCACCCCCUGCACUACAGCGUCAUCAUGAACCCCCGGCUCUGUGUCCUGCUGGUUCUGGGGUCCUGGAUCAUAAGUGUUCUGUAUGCUUUGUUACAAAGCUUAUUGGUGUUGCGGCUGUCCUUUUGUGCACCCUUGGCCAUCCCCCACUUUUUCUGUGAAUAUAAUCAGAUGGUCCUACUUGCUUGUUCUGACACCUUCCUCAAUGACAUAGUGAUGUAUUUUUUAGCUGGGCUGUUGGGUGGAGGGCCAUUUAUUGGCAUCACUGUCUCUUAUUCUAAGAUCGUUUCUUCCAUUCGUGAAAUCUCAUCAGCUCUGGGGAAAUAUAAAGCAUUUUCCACUUGUGCGUCUCACCUCAUAGUUGUCUCCUUAUUUUACUGUACGGGUCUAGGUGUGUAUGUCAGUUCUUUUGUGAUGCAUAAUGCACAUGCAAGUGCUCCAGCUUCGAUGAUGUACGCUGUGUUGACACCCAUGUUGAACCCUUUCAUCUACAGUUUGAGGAAUAAUGACAUAAAGGGGGCUCUGAAAAGAUUUCUGUGUGGAAAGCUAUAA